AAUCCGCCCCCCUUCUUCUCCGCCGAAAAAAAAGAAAAGGAAAACAGAGAAACCCUUUCCUGAAACCUUUCCCGCCAUGGCCGAAGAGGAGCGGAUGAGUAUCUACAGAGCUUCCAGAAGCAUCAAAAGGAAGGAGAACUCCCUCUACAAUGCUCUCCGAUCCAUCUACGAAGACUCCAUCUUCGUCGCCGAGAUUGCUGAGCUGUGGCGAGAGCUUCCGCUCUUCGCCAACCUCCGCUGCGGCCUCUGGUACUCUUCUUGCUUCGAUUCCACUUGCUACUUCAAAUCCACGGACGGACACUGCAAUAACUGGUCUUUCAGCACAUCUCGACUCAAUCUUCAUGUCGCCCAGCUCGCCGGGCAGAAAGGAGGUUGCAUAAUUGUUGAUUCUACACGCAAAGGGAAGCGAUUUCCAGAUAGCAUGUCAAAGACAAUACCCAUUUGGGCUUGCGUGUUGAAUCGGGCAAUCAAGAAUCAUCUUCAAAAGAUUGCAGAAAAUGGUCCAAGGAGAGAAGAGGAGUUAAAUACUUCUCAUGAAGCUGCCCAUGCAGGGCAUCUCUCUCUUGAUUGGGAUUGUUCCUUGCAUCUCCCUCUUUGGGUCUCCAAAAUGGAGAAAGCAGCUAUUGAGGAUCACCUUGAGGAAUGGACGAAACAGUUGGAAGCAACUGGUACAGACAUUGCUUCUCUUGCAUUAUCCCUGAGAAAGCCCCUACGUACACUAUGGAUUUCACCAAAAACUGUCAUCUGGUUGAAUGAAGUACCUGAUUGUGAUUCUUGGGAUUUCACACCUGUCAUACUUGUUUCUGCCUCUUCCUCAAACGGCAUGAUACAGCAAAGGACCAUCGCAGAGUUUAGCUGGCAUUAUAUAUCUGGAGCAGGAGAUGAUGAAGAAAGCUGGGCCAGGGGACUGCCACCUCACCUCUUCUGGAAGAAUGCAUUUGAUCUCAUCAAUGCAGGGCCUGAUUUGUGUAAUCAAAGAGUAGCUGAAAUUGUUGAAAAGGACAGGGUUUACCGUGCUCAAAGGGGAGAGAGUGCUCCUCAAGUUAUAAUCAAGCCUCACAAAAUAUCGGCAAUUAGUGGUGAUACUUUUAGUGAAGAAUCUAAUAUUUAUCCUUCAUUCUUGACGUCUGAACGAUCUUUUGGUGAACAGUGUUUAUUUUCUUGGCUGGGUUCAACUAAUCUUGCAGUGGGCACAACUCAACAUGUUACAGAUGCGCCCAAUGAUAUUGAUUGCAUAUUGAAUUGUGACAGUGAGUCAGCAUCAAUCCGUUUUCCAAGCCCUGAUGCUUAUUUGCAUCUACCUAUAGUGGCCUCAAAAGUAAAUCGGUUUUCCUUGCUAAAUAAUCUUCCUUUAGCAGUUAACUUUGCAAAGAUGCAUUUGACCAGAGAGAAGAAGCUCUUGGUCUGCUGUCAUAAUGGGGAAGAUAUUAGUAUCUGUGUCUCUCUUGCAAUCUUAACGUCCUUAUAUAAUGAUGGAGGAGCCGAAAACAACAUGAAAACUGCCAGAGCAGAAGUGAUCUUUCGACAAUGGCAAGUCCUUCAAGGAGACGUGCAUUACAAAGUGGGAGAUGCGACGGCGACUGGUAUUUAUCUGCAAAUUUGCAAUAAAUGCUCGGCCAUCAAGAGGCAAUCUGAAGCAGGUCUUCAGUUUCCUUGCCAGAGAUAAGAUCUCUCCUUCUCCUUAAUGUUGGCCAUCCAUCAGCGCUUAGAGAAAUGGAGAUGUGAAAGUGGAUGGAGUCUGUGCUCGGAUCUCUAUGCUUAAUUUCUUCACAUGUUACAGAAGCACUUGCAAGAGAAACUUCUGAAGAUCCGAAACUGAAAUUACACGUUUUUUUUUAGCUUGGUUUUGGCAAAUUGCUAAAUCCAGAAACAACCCAGGCUGAACUGGCUCAAGUUAUGUUGGCCGUCUUGGAAAGUGCAACAAAAACAAAUUUGGAACUAAAUAAUUUAUCCUGUUUGUUCCUUUGGAGCGUGGGAAGGCAGGCGAAACAGGGCGCAUGUGAUGAACCAGAUGUAGCUAUGCAUCACAGCAGAGGGAUGGUUUGAAAGUCACCGUAUUUGCAUUGAGCAGAAUGACUUCUGUACUUCCUAUUUGAAGAAAUGAGCUUGCAUCUGUUUUGGAGCUGGUUGGUUUUGAUUACUAUCAUUUUGAUUCCAACUUGAAACGCAUUUAAUUGUAAUCAGUGUUUGGGUUUUUAUUGGAAUUUUUUUUAAAGAUCCCGUAAUUUCAUAUGAAUGUAGCAGUUUCAAGUAGGUUCUCCCUUUAAAGACAGAAGCUUGAAACUAACUACACCUCAGAAAACAUGGAUUCAUCAUCAUCAGCAUUUUUAUUGGGAACUUAUUGUUCCACCUUCA